AUGGACGGAGAUGGAAUGGAUUGUCAAGAUGAGAAUGAAAUGGAUGGAGAAGAAGAGGAGCUAGAAGAUACUACGACUCAGGAUGAGAAACAGGUAUGGAAUUAUUUCCUCAUUUCUUAUGCAUUUGUAUUAUGCUUACAAAUAUUAGUGCUACUCCGGCUGAAUGGGGCGAUACUUCCUGAUUGUUACUGUGAAAGUCGCGUUCUUUACUGAAA